AUGGAGGAGGAAAUUGUAGGAAUCGAUGAUAUUAACCUGAGCGGUGAGGACGAUUGGCCAUCGGACACUUUUCGUCAGGAGGUGGUGCGCAGACUUGAGCCGGAACUUACCAAAACGCGUCUAAACCAGCCAAACUUGCCAGUGCCAACUGAUCCGAACAAGGUCGAGGUGUACGUUUUCGAGAAGGCGACGACCAAGGAGCAAUACGUGGCAUCAAUGAAGAAGGUGUUCAUCUCGCUCAGCUAUCAGAAUAGGCAAGGAUCAGUUGAAGGAGAAAAAGAGGAGGUGCCGAAAAAAGACGAGACGGACUUUCCGUCGAAUUCCUUUCGUAAGGAAAUCGUCCACAAACUCGAAACUGAGUAUGCCAAAUCUGGAGUCGCUCAAACUUUAACCCCACAGCAAUCUGAGCAACAAGCCUUCGAUGCCGCCGAUGGAAAGGAUGACUAUCUGGCCAAGGUAGACGAGCGCAUCAAACUGCUUGGACAGCAGCCAUCUCCAAAGCCACACAUCGCAAUGAGAGAAAAGCCGAUUCCUGGCGUCGAGCCAACUGUGACCAUCAGCGUCGUCGAGCAUCGUUGCAGUGUCAAGAACGCCUGGCGUCGUGUCGUCCGCUUCUUCUCGUUCUGUGUUCGCUCUUCGGCUUCUGAGCAAGACCAAGAGGAUGAGAAGAAAAAUGAAAAGGAGUCGGAUAAAAAAGAAUAA